AUGCUAACACCAAAUAUGGAAGAUCAAAUACUCAGCUCAGCUGUUUUUCACAAAAGAAAGUUUUCCCCUUUGCCUGAGAGUGAUUUUGGAGAUACCAAGAGAUCUAAAAAAGUGAAAUUUGUGGAUGAAAAAGAGAAAGCAAGCAAAAAUGAGAUGCCAAACUCAUCCGCCUUUUCAGAUAUGCUCAAUCUUAGCAACACAACAGUUCCAGUGCCUUUUGUUUUCAGAACUGAGCUGAGAAGUAAGCUAUCUACAAAGGCAGCAGACAUCAAAAGUGAAGAAAAUUUAGCAUUAAGGCCAAAAUUCAAAGCUCGGAAAAUUCCAAAAUCUGUUUAUUACCCCAAAAUCCUUAAAAUUUCCUCAGAUAAGCCCUUGACUCAGCCUGUAUCUUUGAGAUUUCAUUUAGAUUCCAGAGCAGGCCGGCAUAAGCCAGCUGAAAAAGAAGAUAUGGCACACAUUCAAGAGUUCAAAGCAUUGCCGCUGAACAAAAAAAUACUUGAAAAGCCUGAUUUUCAGUAUAAAAAAUCUGAAAUCAAAACAACAGUCCCUAAAGAAUUUAACUUUGAGACAGCAAAAAGGGCUAAAAUAUAUGGAGAAUUUGAGCAAAGUGAGAGUAAAACUGACAAAUCUUUUGACUCAUCUUCAUUUCUCGUUGCAAAAGUAAGUGCAAAGUUAUCAAAUAGCUUUAGUUUUCAUAACUGUGAAAAAAUUGAAAUAGCUAAUCCUGAUGAAUCUAAUAAAGAAAAUGAAUGCCUAGGCCAAGAACUCACAGCUAUCAGAUCUUGCCGCGAUGCUAUUAAAAAUAUAGGUUUUGAAAAUCUCGUUUCUAAAGAAAAUGAAAUUAAUUAA